UAAAAAAUAUGUAACAAAAUAAAGAUAUACGAAAAUUUAUAGAGAGAGAGAGGGGAAGGAUAGAGAAUUGCAGUCAACAAUAUUGUUUUGUUACAGAUUAUUAUUUUCUAAAUUUUUUCAUAAAAAAAAACAAAAGAAUGUGUUAAGAGAAACCGCACGUGAAAUCACAGAAAGAUUUACACAAAGAGGAAUCAAAACAGAAGAGAAAAAAGUGAUUUUUAUUGAUCUUUGAUGAAGAAGGACAAGGAGAAAGGGAAAGCAAUCGGUGUGUCAAGCCCCGUCAGUAGUGAAGACACUGAUGAUAAACAAUUUCCUUCCUUUCCUUCUGUCAGAUUCUCUUCUCGCAACGCUUCUUCCAAAUACGAUUUCGUUAAGGUAAAGGUGUGGUUGGGUGAUAAUGCGGAUCAUUACUAUGUUCUUUCCAGAUUUUUGCUCAGUAGAAUGCUAACUGUAACCAAGAUUCCAAACCAUGUAGCUAUCAAAAUUGCUCUCGAACUGAAGAAGCUGCUCAUAGACAACAGCCUUUUAGAUGUCUCUCAGUCAGAUUUGGAAGCCAACUUAUUUAAGCUUAUGGGACGGCGAGGAUAUGGAGAAGAGUACAUAAAUCGCUAUAAGAUGAUGACAAGGUUUCACCAUCAAAGAGUUCCUCUGGUAAUCCUUGUCUGUGGAACUGCGUGUGUUGGGAAGUCUACAAUCGCUACCCAGCUUGCACAGCGGCUAAAUUUGCCAAAUGUGUUACAGACAGAUAUGGUUUACGAAUUGUUGCGCACUUCGACAGAUGCGCCAUUGGCUUCAACUCCUGUAUGGGCCCGAGACUUCAAUUCAUCGGAAGAGUUAAUAACUGAGUUUUGCAGAGAAUGCAGGGUUGUUCGUAAAGGUUUUCAAGUUUCCGUCAUGUUAUGUUUGGGCGGUGACUUGAAAAAGGCAAUGAAAGAUGGAAAACCGAUUAUAAUUGAGGGAAUACAUUUGGAUCCUAGCAUUUAUUUAGUGGAAGACGAGAACAAAACACCUAGCGCUGCAAAUACAGGAAAUAAAGAAAUAAAUCCGUUGUCUGCAGAAUUGGAUGAUAAUACUUCAACAAACGCGGAAAGUAUUAACGUCGGUCGUGGCGACGAGACAAAUAGUGAUUCCAAGAUUUCGAGCUCCAACGAGGGAGUAAAUGAUGACCUGGUGGAUGCAGCAUCAAGUUCCACAUCACCCUCGGGCCUAACUAGAAGCAUCAAUGAGCCUAAAGAUGCUUCUCUUAAAGAACUGGAGAUCGAAAAAAUAACUAUUAGUAAGGAGAAGUCGGGCACAAAACCGAUAAUCGUGCCUAUUGUUUUGAAGAUGGCUGAAUUUGAUCAUAAGGCAUUACUCGAAGAGUGGAUCUCAUCUCGUACAUUUAUCGAUAAGUGCCCAGACCAGGAUCAUGAUAAACUCAUAGCAAACUUGAAAACCAUACAGGAUUAUCUAUGCUCUUUCACAUCGCAGGGGUUGACCGUAGUCAACGUAUCGGCAACAACAUUUCCUCAAACAUUGGAUUGGCUUCACGGUUAUCUUCUUCAGUGCAUCGAGCAAGGUACUUCAUUAGGGUCACAUGAAAAUUCUACACCAGUAGCUGCAAAAUAGUAGUUUUUAUGAUGCUGAAGAGUAAUUUAUCAUCAAAAUCAAAAGGCUUGGAAGAAGAAAUCAACAUUCCCAUAUUUAUCAGCAUUUUUAUUUUUAACUGAAUUAAUUAUGUGUUUAAUCUUUAAUAGCUUUUCCUUCUUCAUUUUCUAGUUGUAUAUGAACUAAUUAGUGUUCAUGUUUUGCAAGGUAGGUUUAAUUUAAUGCAGGUACAGAAUAAGUGCUUCCUUUGUAUUGGAAAAAAAUAGGUAAAAGCUGUUCUGUUUUAUUCGUUA